AUGGCCGACUUCGUACCGCCUCCAGGCCCGCCGCCGCCUAAAGUGCCGGAAGGCUGGAAAGCCGUCUACAGCGACCAGUACAAAGAAUGGUUCUACGUCAACCUCUACACCAAACAGUCAACAUGGGAGAGACCAACUGAGCCCGCACGACCUCCCAACUCCAGCCAUGAAGACGCACCUCCCGGUGUCCCGCCUCCAUCCUACUCCGCGGGGCCGGAUGUCCCUCAUGUCUCCGACACCAAACAACCGCUCGAGUCCAACAACCCGUACAGCAGCCAACGUCGCGCCAACGAGACAGACGAACAGCUCGCCCGACGACUGCAAGAAGAGGAGAACCUGCGCGACCGCGGCGCCGCCGACGACUACUACAACUCUGGCACUGCACCUGGAGCAGCAGGAGCAGGAGCAGGAGCCAGAGUAGGCACAGGCACCCCAGGCAUCCAGGGCGGAUAUCCCGGCGCACCAAGCCCGCUGCCUGCUCGUCCCGAGAGUAGCAACAGUGCUGGCCGAUCUAAGGGAUUCUUCGGCAAGCUGCUGGGCAAAACCUCGUCUUCGUCGCAUGGUUAUCCCGCACAGCACGGCGGCUACGGUUACGGUCAGCCCGGCUAUCCCCAAGCAGGCUAUGGCGCAGGUCCUGGAUACGGUGGUGGCUACCCCCAGCAAGGCUAUGGCGGCUAUCCUCCCGGUCCGGUCUACGGCGGAGGCUACGGCGGCGGUUACGGGGCUGCCGCACCGCCGAGACGCAGCGGUGGCGGUAUGGGUGUCGGUGGUGCCGCUGCGUUGGGUGUGGGCGGUGGCUUGCUCGGCGGCAUGCUUCUGUCGGAUGCCAUCAAUGAUGGCGAGCAGGAUGCCUACCAAGACGGCUACCAGGACGGUGCUGAUAACGGCGGCGACUAUGGCGGUGGCGACGAUAUGGGUGGUGGAGACUUCUAA